AUGAAAUUUAGCGGAACGUGCAGAUCUAGUUAUAUCGCCAUGGGCGACGUAGCGACGUCCUCUUCUGCCACAACAACAUCCACAGAUCGAGGCGGACGUGGACGUCGUCGAGGAUAUCGAGGAGGAAGGGGCGGCCGCGGCGGCGGUGGUGGUCGUUGUCAAGUUGAUUCCGUCUCUUCUGGAACUGAAGCACCUCUAUUGAAUGCGUCGACAGCUACAGAACGUAGGUCGAAUCAUCCACAGCCCUCUGAUCGUAGUGACGGACAGAAUGCUCCUGGAAAAGCGAUGCGGCCUCCAAAUAAUCGUAGAAAUUGGCCCCAACGAGGUCGUGGUGGCAUCUCAAUGGAUCCAUCUGCAAUGGUGCCCAAAAUAGUCCCACAACAAUUUCUGGAAGAAACUUCUGAUCGGCCACAGCAUCCUACGCGAGGUCGAGGAAGCGAUUCACACUGGUUACCUCGGCAGGGUGGCCGUGGAGGCGGUGCUCGCAUACAGCCAGGGCAUAACGACAUUAUCCUCAAUCCAUAUGCCCCUCCUUUCGUCCCAGCGCCGGGAUUUGUGAACAAUUUGACCACUCCACAGGAAGCUGUCUUCAACCAGAGGAGUUUCAAUGGUCGUGGGAAACAACGUCGAUCCUUCGCAACCAACCAAACUCCUGAAGACUUAAAGGAAGCAGUCAGUCAAAGAGUGCCAAAAGACUACACGCGUGGAAACCCGCAACAACACCGUAAUCCUCCGCUAUACGGUAUUUCUGGGGUUAACCGAACUCGAGGGAAUCGUGAUGGUCAAAACAAUAGAAAGCCAACGAGACCUCGAACAAGAAGAAUCCACGAUUAUGAGGACGACCAAGAGAAAUCUAUGAGAGAUAGACUUAUUCAACAGUUAGAAGACAAUUGUUAUGAAUGUGCAAUAUGUUGUCAGGUCAUUCAUGCGAGACAGGGAAUUUGGUCGUGUAAGACAUGCUAUCACAUGUUUCACAUCUCUGGAGGUUGUAUUAUUAACUGGGCGAAGAAGAGCAAGGAGGAGGACAAUAGAUGGCGGUGCCCUACAUGUCAAACCAAGUACGAAGCCAUUCCGUACAACUAUUUCUGCUUCUGUCGGAAACAAAUUAAUCCACCAUUUAGGCUAGGAGAAACACCACAUUCAUGUGGUAAUGUUUGCGGCGGCCAACGUGCUCCAGGCUGUCCACAUCCAUGCAACGAACCAUGUCAUCCCGGUCCAUGUCCCGAGUGCCCGGUGAUGCUUACGCGCAAAUGUAAUUGUGGUGCUGUCCAGAAAGCAGUUCGUUGUGGAUCCGCUGUUGAAGUGAAGUGUGAGAAAUUGUGCGACCGAGUACUUGCUUGUGGUGAACAUCGCUGUUCACGUGUAUGUCAUGAAGGUGACUGCAACCCGUGUGAAGUCACUGUGAAACAAAAUUGCUUCUGUGGUUUAUCAACGCGUGAAAUUCCAUGUUGGGAGAAAGGUGGGAAUGAAAAGUACUCUUGUGGUGAACCAUGCAGAGGGUUUUAUUCUUGUGGAAUCCACAGAUGUAUUCGCAGUUGUCAUUUGAUUGGGAAUGCUGGCUGUGGAUUGUGUCCGACUGCUCCGGAACGAAUCACGCAUUGUCCCUGCGGUCGUUGCACUUUAGUUGAGCUACGAAUUCAGAGGAAGUCAUGCCAAGACCCCAUUCCAACUUGUAGAAAUAUUUGUGGAAAAGUGUUGAAAUGUGGUAGUGCAGAAAAGAAACAUCGUUGUCGCGCUCUUUGCCAUACUGGCGAAUGUCCACCCUGUGAACUCAACACUUCCAUUGUUUGUCGCUGUAGACAGGUGAAACGUACCCUGCCCUGCAAAGAAUACGUACAGUUUGCAGAUGGCAAUGAAUUUUUAUGUGAGAAACGUUGUAAAAAGAGGAAAUCUUGCGGAAUUCACAAAUGUCAGGAGGUGUGUUGCGUUCAAACCGAACACCUGUGUCUCCAGAUUUGCAACAAACGCCUGUCUUGUGGCCUUCAUUUUUGCGAAAGCAUUUGUCAUGCAGGGCAAUGUCCAAGAUGUUUGAACUCAAGUUUCGAAGAGCAAUUCUGCCACUGCGGACGAACAAUGCGCCCUCCACCAAUACCAUGUGGAGCCCCGCUGCCUGAGUGCGAUGAACCAUGUGCUAGACCUCACCCGUGUAACCAUCCUGUAACCCAUAGGUGCCAUGGUGAAGAACGAUGCCCGCCAUGUACAGCUCUAGUGGAGAGAAUGUGUUAUGGAAAGCAUGAGAUACGAAAGAAUAUUCCUUGCCACAUUGACGCUGUGUCCUGUGGUCGACUUUGCGAAAAGCCGCUUGGCUGUGGUGUUCAUAAUUGCAACAGAAAUUGCCAUGCUGGCGACUGCAUGAGGGAAGGUGAGAAGUGCACUCGUCCAUGCAUGAUUCUGAGGCGACCCUGCGAACACCCAUGUUCAUUACCUUGCCACGGAACGACACCUUGUCCAGAAUCCGAAUGCCGUCAAAUGGUUAACGUAACCUGUGAAUGCGGCAAAAGAAAAAGUCAAAUGAAAUGCUCAGAGUUCGAGAAAAUGGUUGGGCGUCUUAGGGCCUUCGAGGCGGAGGACAGCGAAGGUGGCCAGAUUCCUGAGCCAGGAGUGGCUGCUUUGCGAAGAUCUGCGAGUAUGGAGAAAUUAAACUGCCUACCAUGUGAUGACGAGUGCAAGAAAAUUGCGCGAAACAAAAGGUUAGCAGAUGCUCUAGAACUCGUCACUGACGAAAAUGGCGAAUUAGAAAAGGAACCAACAAUCACAUACACUGAAUAUCUCAAGGCCGAAUUGCGCACCAAUGCUGCUUUCGUUCAAGAAGUCGAGACCGCGUUCGUUGAUCUUCUGGAGAGAUUAGGCGACCCAACAUAUCUUGGAUCCACGCUUAACUAUAACUUCCGUCCUAUGCCUGUUGAGAAAAGACGAUUUGUACACGAGUAUGCGACGUUCUUCUCCGUUGAUACUGUCGGUGUUGAUGAUCCACCAAAACGAAGUGUUAUUGCAACAGCAAAGAGAGGCAUCAGUCGCGCUCCGUUGGUAAUGCUGACUUGUCUGUUGAAAUACCCAGGAAUGUUGAAGUCACGUGGAUCAGUGACACUUAAAAGCAAAUUCUUCGAUGAAACCAAACGAGAGGAAGCCUCACAGGAAGAUGCAAGCGUGAAUUCCUCGAUGAAAGCAUUGCGAGGAGGUCGACAAUUUAAGAAAAGAGUUGCACCACAACUAACUCGUCCACCUCCACUUCCCCAAUUCAACCAUUUUGCGGCUCUGUGUAGCGACGAUGAAGACCAGGAAGUUAACGAACCACCAUCUCAACAGGUCCCGUCAAUCCAAGAAAAGGAUCCGAAUUGGUGGAGUGACGACGAGAAUGAGAGUGAUACCACCGACAACUGUGUCUCUGAAGUUGUUGGUCUGGUUGAGGAUCUGAUGCGUGAGGUUUGUAGGAUAGAAUCGUCCGGUAACAAAAUAAGAGAACUGGAUUCUAUGGAUUGCAAGGAUUCUUGGAGUGACGAUGAGUAG